CAUGUGCACGGACUCAGAGGAGGAGGGAUAGGGUUAAAAUGCCAGGGCUCGGGGAGUAAAAUCACUUCCAAGAAGUUGCAGGCUUUGGUGGAGGGAGACCAGCAGUUGGGUCUUAAUGUGGGUUUCUUGGAGAAAGAGAUUUCUUGGUGGAGGAAACCAGGACCCUUGAAAAAUGGCUAACCUGGCUCCCCAAAGGAGAUUGCUGGAGGAGAUUUAAGAACUAGAAAGGGACUACAGAGAGCCAGUGCAGGGAUUUGCCAUCCUGGACUGUCCACUCUUCUGGAAGAUUUGGGCCCCCAUCUUCUGGGCCAUUUUGUUCCUUUAUCCUCUACUCUCAGCACACCAAGAGUGAGACGUCAGGUUCAGCUGGAAGGAGAGAUCCUUAAGAACUUGUGGACUGGGAGGCAAAGUGAUCUUGCUGCUCCCACACCGUGGACCUUAACAGGGAACUCAUCUUUGGACCUUUGGGAGUAUGUCAGCAUUGCUGCCCAGCCGAGAUGGAAGCGCCGAUGAGAUACCACCAAGGGCUCUAGCUGGGACACCCAGCACGGAAAGUGGAGGGGCUCAUCUUAAAUUCAGAGUCAUCUUGUAUUCAGGAGAGAAUGGUGAGAAUUCCCAGUGCAAAUCUUCCGACUCCAGCGGUGAGGAGGAAGUGAAUGUGGGAAGGAAGAAGCCCCGCAGGCAGAGGACUCAUUUCACCAGCCAGCAGCUACAGGAGCUGGAGGCCACUUUCCAAAGGAAUCGCUACCCGGACAUGAGCAUGAGGGAAGAGAUUGCCGGCUGGACCAACCUGACGGAGCCCAGGAUUAGGGUCUGGUUCAAGAACCGCAGAGCCAAGUGGCGGAAGAAGGAACGCCACCAGCAGACCGAGCUCUGCAAAGGGGCCUUUGGCUCCCAGCUGAACAGCUUGCCUGGGAGCUCUUACGAGGAGCUCUACCCAAGCUACGCCUACAACAACUGGACCCCCAAGGGACUGCACGCCAACCCCAUCCACGGCAAAGGCUUCCAGGUCUUCAACUCCAUCAACCUCACGGCUUUCCCCCCGCAGAGCGUCUUCCCCACAGCAGCAGCAACCCCUGUGCCUGCUGUAUCAUCUCUGGAGACCUUCAACAGUCUGGCAAGUGCUUCCGGCCCUCCGAGCUCCACGUAUGGACAAAGUGCUUCUCCGCCGUACAUGUACAGGGACCCCUGCAGCUCCAGCCUGGCUGGGCUGAGAUUUAGAGUCAAACCACCGCAGGCCUCUGUCAGCUACGGGGCUCCACCAAGUCCCCUCCUCACCCCCAGCCAAUAUAGUCUAGACAGACCAGUGUGACGUCAGGGGCCCCAAAGAUGGACACCUGUAUCUCUGUCAUCUUUAGACAUACUGAGGGCCUCUGGAGAGAAGUGGGUCUCUGCAAGUUCGGCGUGAAGAGGGAGCCCUGGACAAACAUAAGAACAGCCCUGCUGGAUCAGACCCAAGAAGGCCCAUCUAGCCCAGCACCCUGUUUUCCACAGUGGCCCACCAGAUGCCUCUGGGAAGCCCACAGGCAUGAGCUGAGGGUUAUGCUGUUACUCCCCUGCAACUGGUAUUUAGCGGCAUCUUGUCUUUGAGACUGGAGGUGGCCUAUAGCCAUCAAACAAGUAGCCAUUGAAAGACCUCUCCUCCAUGAAUUUGUCGAAGCCCCUCUUAAAGCCACCCAGGCUGGUGGCUGUCACAACAUCCAUCGGUGGUUGUGAAUUUCAUCAGUUCAUUAUGCACUGUGUGGGAAAGUGCUUCCUUUUGUUGGUCCUAAAUUUCCUGGCCAUCAGUUUCAUGGGAUGACCCCUGGUUCUAGUUUUGUGUGUGUGUGUGUGAGAGAGAAAUGUCUCGCUCUCUCCACUCUCUCCACACCACACACAAUUGUAUAGAUCUCUGUCAGGUCUCCCCUUGGUCGUCUUUUUUUCCUAAGCGAAAAAGCCCAGAUGUUGUAGCCUUGCCUUGUAAGGAAGGUGUUCUAGGCCCCCGACCAUCUCUGGUCUUCCAUUCUGGGGCUCACUGGAGCACACGCACCUCUCCACCCUAUUUCUGCCACACCUCACCUGUCAAGGAGCUGGCUGCUUCGCUGAGGCCCCGGCUCCUGUUAUGGCCAAGGCAUACAAACAGCCCCCACCAUUCUGAUUUAAUCUUGGUUUUGACUGCCCAAUGUUGGGGUUAUUAUUCAGGUUUUGUUUUUGUUUUUUAGUAAGGGGGCAUGGCAGGUGACAUGACAAGACUAUUCUCAGGUAUUUGAAUGGUUCAAGUAAAGCCCAUUCAUCAUGGCCCAAAGAAACAGAGUUCUAGCAGAGGAGGAGGAAAACCCAGGCCCACAAUAGGGAAGUGCACAAAACUGGCUGGCCCAGUUUAGUUUGAGUCCUAACUGGACCCAAACCAGACCAGGCCAAUUUGGUCCGGCACCCCCUCAAACCCCUCCUCCCCAUUUGGUUCGGGGUGGUGGUGGUUCACAAAUAAUUUUUUAAAAAAGUUAGUUACUUGCCCCCUCCGGGGGUUGCUAGCACAGUCGUGUGUGUGUGUAUGGACCCUCCAGAGGCACUUCCUCCCCACCACCAGCCUCCAAAAUUGCCCCCUUCGCCUGGUUUGGGUGCUUCUCAUCCAAAAUGGCCGCCAUGACAGGGGUGAGGUCCAGAACAGGCCGAAGAAUGCCUGGACCAGGUGAGGGGGCUAAUUCCAGAGGCCAGCAGGGGGAGGAGGAACCUCUGGAGGCCCCCCUGCGACCAUGCUAGUGACCCCUGGAGGGGGUAAGCUAUUUAAUUUUUUUUAAAAAAAAAAUAUUCACGAACACCCCCAAACUGGGGGGUGUUCGGUCCGAACCUGUUUGCACACCCCUAGCCCACAAGAAGCAGCGAUGGAGGAGAGGAGAAGCAAAGAUGGCAAAACCAAUGGGAUGCUGGGAGCUUUUCUGAUCCCACCUAGCCCAUUUCACCACUGUAUUGAUUUAGAUAGGCCUCAGGUGGCAAUAGCACAGGAGGACUCCCUGUGUACUGCAAGAUGUGUUGGCAAAAUACAAGCUGCCUGUGAGACCAAAGGGCCCGUUCAGAAUGGAGGAUGCCUGCUGCAUCUCAGCUCGAUUCACAGUCUGCUCUGUUGGGUCUGGGUAAUCCUCAAGACUGGUUUCUACCAUGGGGGCAGAUGUGGGUUCCUUUCACUCUGGGUGGGCCAGAAGGCACAAAAGUGGUUUCCCAGCUGGUGGGGGCUGUCCAACAUGUGCCCUCCCCAUAGUGCCCCAUAUAGCAUCGUGACAGUACGUCGGGCAUUGGGGUGGGGGAGAUGGUGAGCAUGUAGCUGGUGGCCAGAAUGCUCCUGCUCCACCAACAGUGAAAGAACCCCGUGACUGCUGCCACAGUGAGGGGACAGGGGAAGCUCCAGGAAGGAGAGGGCCCACUGAUGGAAAACCAUAACUAGAGAAAUAUAUCUGCAUUCCAAUGAUAAACUCUCCUCUUGGUUAUUUGUUCAGUCAGAAACAAGCUGUCACGCGUUUGCUCCUUUGGUCUACCAUAUCCCUGACCACGAGAUAUAAUUAACCUGUUUUGUGUCGAUAGAAAUGCCUUCACUAAUCCGUCCAUCUGAGAAACAGAGAACAAGGAGAUCGCCACUCGGGCUGUCCUCAUGACCUUCCAUGGGUAGGAGAAGCCUAUGGGUGCGCUCCUGUUUUCUGCUUGUGUGUGGGUUAAAAACAAGGUCAGAGCAGGCACAUAGCUAAGGGAGGCUGGGUGCACGUUUGCCCUUCUCUCUGGUGGCCCUUCAUGCCCGCUGCACAUGGCAUCACACACAGGGGGCAUGGCCAGUGCCCGGAAUGGCCAGGGUGACCCUCCGGAUCUCAUUUCCCAGCUGGCUUCUUUGUUGGCUGCAUGUCUUCUUCAUUCUCUCCCACACUAACAAGGGAGAGAAUGAAGAAAAUACGCAGCCGCUAACGAAGCCGGCUAAGAAAUGAGGCCGGCCAGAGUUCGGAGGGAGGGGCAAGGGGCAAACCAUGUGGCUCCCAGGAGCUGGGCAGUUCAUGCUCUUUCAACCUGUCCACCCAAUCGGUAUUCCCUCUAACAGGGAUUCCCAGAUGUUGUUGACUACAAUUCCCAUAAUCCCCAAGCAAAAGCCACAGCAGCUGGGGAUUCGGGGAGUGGUACUACUACUACUGAUAUUUAUAUCCCACUCUUCAACAAAAUUCUCAAAGCAGUUUGCAUAGAAAUAUAAAAAAUACGUAUAUAAGAUGGCUCCCUGUCCAUAACAACAUCUGGGAAUCCCUGUUAGAGGGAACACUGCACCCAAUUAUAGCUCUGUCCCUGGGUUGGAGACACGGGCAGUGACCGUCUGCUAAGCAGCAGCUGGGUUGGAGGGCUUUCUCUCCUAUCUCCUUAAAGAGCUGGGUACAGGUGCUGGUUAGGACAGAGCCCUCCGACGCAGCUGAUGCUUAACAGACCAUCACGUUGCUUUUUACUCACAGGCAGAACACAGAACAGACCACAGAUCACAGAUUAGGAGCAUGCACAGGCUCCAAAUUAGGACAGGAUGUGUCUCCUCCUUCAUUCAUAAUCAUGAGAAUGAGCCUACUGUACCAACAAAAAACCCUGGAUCAGAAUAGCUUUACGGGUGAAAAGAGCAUCCGUUUCUAGGCAAGAGCUGAAUCAAGUGAAAAAAAGGGGUGAUGUGAUUCUGAAUAGCUGUGACACAUGGAGGCAAGCAUACAAAUUAUUUACCACUCCUGCUUGCUUGCCUACCUGCCGCAUCUCAGUGUCCCUGGCUCAUAAUCCUCUCCACCAUGGCCCCAAAAGUUCUUCUCUGGCUCGGAGGCAAAAAGUGUGCUCCCUACAGAAGGCUGUGUCACGUCUGGGCAAGGUUGAUGCAUUUUAAGCUGUGCACCAGGAAAUGCUGAAAGCAACCAUCAGGGGGCAGCACUAGAACAGAGUCACCACUCUAAGAAGGAGGGGGAAUUGAGUCUUGCAACAUGUGAAUCCCGGCAGGAGAAAGCUGGAUUCUUGGAACUGCCUGGCUAGAAACAGCUGGGAUUACGGGUGGAGGUGGGGUGGGUGCUUGCAAGAGUGGUGCUGCUCUUUGGGGGAGAACUGAGGUUGGUUUAAGACUUGUGCAGCCCAUUUGUGUGCCUGCAUGCUCUCCCCUACCCCCCGCUUUCUACUUGUCUAUCUGUAAAUAAAGAGUUCCUUUUUUUAAUCCACAAGA